AGAUUAAAAAUACGUCUCCUGGUUAUGAAACAGGUCGAGACACUGAGGAAUUCUGCUAACUCCUCUGAUUCCUCAAUUAGUCCAAUCCUGAAGGGGAGGCGGAGGUGAGAGAGGAAGGAUCGACGGCAGGAAGAGAUUGUUAAUCAGUGGGUCUUGCAGACAGACCUGAUUCCGUUGUUCUGCGACCAGAGGAAGGCGAGUAGCAACCAAAAAUACUUUCCAUUCAACAGAUGCUGCGCUGGAUCUAAUCAAAGUUUUAUCUGAUCGCAGUUCACGGUGGAUGCAAGCGCACUGCUGGAACGCGCACGUUUCUAUUGGCUCUCGGCUGCGUCGCUCACAGAAAUGACGAUUUUGCUGCUAUACCCAGCUGAUGCUGAGGCUACGAACGCGGAGCCUCCGAAAAACUGUUGAUGGUACACUGACCCUUCCGUCAUCGACGUUAUGUCUGCGGAUCCAGGUCUUAUCUGCCCCCAGAGCCGGAGUGGGGAGGACAUUUGAUCGUGUCACGACGCGCAGGCCGUGGUUCGUUUUUCUCGCCCCUGUCGCUCCAAAGGAUGUUUCUUCACCUCCCCACAUAAUCGCUUUCCCAGGGAAUGAUGCUCACUGCUUCCUCCACACACAGCCGACACAUCGCAUAUGCAGGUUCCCCCAUGUGGAGUUUUGGAUAAAGGCACAGGAGCAACACAAGGAUAUGGAGUAAAAGGACAUUUAGAAGAACUCCAGUCAGAUAUUUUAAUACAAGAAAACUGACAUUUAGAGGACGUUAAAUAGUGUGUGCCGUGGGAAAAGCAGGGCUGUGAAAAGAGGAGUAAAGAUGGCUUGUUGUCAGAGGCCUGCCAUGUUUCUCCGUGAGUCUGCAGCUGACCCGAUCGGCUGCUGGUCCAAGCAGGAGUGUCCCUAUUAAAGUCUAAGCAGCGUAUUUCACCUGGUGGAGGAGACCCGCUCUCUGUGAUGUGAUGAAUAAGUUUGAAGUCCUUGGCAUUGUGGGAGAAGGUGCAUAUGGAGUGGUGCUUAAGUGCAGACAUAAGGAAACAAAUGAGCUGGUGGCCAUCAAGAAGUUCAAAGACAGUGAAGAAAAUGAGGAGGUUAAGGAGACGACCCUUCGAGAGCUGAAGAUGCUCCGGACCCUGAAGCAGGACAACAUCGUCGAGCUCAAAGAGGCUUUUCGCAGGAGGGGGAAGCUCUACCUCGUCUUUGAAUAUGUUGAGAGGAACAUGCUUGAACUGCUAGAGGAAUUUCCCAAUGGUGCGCCGCCGGAAAAAGUUCGCAGCUACAUUUUCCAGCUCAUCAAAGCCAUCAACUGGUGUCACAAAAAUGAAAUUGUUCACAGAGAUAUCAAACCAGAAAAUCUUCUUAUCAGUUCAGAUGAUGUUCUUAAACUAUGUGACUUUGGGUUUGCUCGUAACCUGUCUGAAGGAACAGAUGCCAACUACACCGAGUAUGUGGCCACCAGGUGGUACCGCUCACCUGAGCUGCUGCUGGGGGCUCCCUAUGGAAAGGCUGUGGACAUGUGGUCGGUGGGGUGUAUUCUGGGGGAGCUGAGUGACGGACAGCCUUUGUUUCCAGGGGAAAGCGAGAUUGAUCAGCUCUUCACCAUCCAGAAAGUUCUGGGUCCUCUUCCUGCUGAACAGAUGAAACUCUUUUACAACAACCCGCGAUUUCAUGGAAUCAGGUUUCCCACAGUUACCCAUCCUCAGACUUUGGAGAGACGGUACCAGGGAAUUAUGAGUGGUUUGAUGUUGGAUUUGAUGAAGAGCAUGUUGCUGCUGAACCCUACCGAGCGUUUUCUAACCGAGCAGUGUUUGAACCAUCCUGCUUUCCAGCCUUUCAGGCAGGCGGAGAGAGAAAAAUCUUCUCCCGCUUCUCCAAACCCACCACGCUCGUCCAAGAGAAAAACACACCACCACGGAGAAAAUACAGUCCCUACAAGGAGUCACACCAAGAGCUCAAGUCGUCGAUCAACCAGUAAGGAAUGUUCCAGCCUCCCUCGCCAUGGAGACCUGCAUCACCUCAGCAAUGAGAGUUUCCUGAAUGGCAACAAACCGGCUCCAUCUAGUUUAAGUCCUACACUCCACCCGAAAGUCCAGUACAUGUCCCAGACCCUAAAUCGUUCAGCCUCGUCCAACAAAGAUCUGGCUAACAACAACCUGCCACACCUUCUCAGUCCCAAAGAGGCAAAAAACAAGACAGAGUUUGAUUUCAACUUGGGGCCCUCAACAAAGCUGUCAGAUCAGGGACAUGGGGCAAAGUACACGCACAGCAAACCAAGCUCGUCUCGCUCUCAGCAGCAGCAACAGCAGCAACAACAGCAACAGCAGCAGCAACAGCAGGCCAGCCGGCACACCUUUCUAGAAAAUAAAACCAACACAUUACAGUCUGGAGCAGAAAAACAACAUGGCCGCCAUGCCCACAGCAUGGCAGACUCUGCACAUGGAUCCAUGUCGUCCUCUUCUAAAAGUUCAGCUUCUUAUCUAAGCCUGUCCAAGAGUCACGGGGCUCUUAGCGACGCCAAAUCUGUGGGGAACCUAAGCGAUGGUCGACUUCACCCAGACGACCCAAAUGCAAAUGCAACAGCCGUUGUAGGACCCAGUGCCCGUUUCUUCCCUGCCAGCUGUUUGGACCUCAACGCCCCGUCGGGUCUUCCAGGACCCCCCGGCAGUCCCUCGACUCGACACAGUGACCGAUCAGGACACAGCCCCGCUUCCCGUAGCAGCGUAAAUGUACGUAUGGAGAGCAGCACGUUGGAUUCCUCAUCGAGACACAAGUCCAGACACAAAUCGUUGGCUCCAGACGCUGGUGCUCCAGAGCUCCUAGACCCAGGAGGACCGGCGAUGCCCAACACUCACACCCUGCCUUCCCCCCACGAGUCUUAUCACUACGGCCUUGGCUACACGUCCCCCUUUUCCUCCCAGCAACGGCCUCAGCGCCACUCCAUGUACGUGAGACGGGAACGUCACCGACCACAUGGGUCUGAGGGGGUCAUGGCGGGCCUGCCGCCGCCUGGGCAGGUCAUACCGACUCGGGCCAGCAGCCUCCAACUCCUCUCCCCACAGCUGCAACACCGUACCAACCUGACUGGACAUUCAGUGAGCUCGUCGAGAGAGGACUGCACCGACGACAUGACGAGGAGUGAACAGCCCCCUAAAGACAUGAGCCACCCUUGUGCCCCCAUCAAAGACUCUACGAGGGACAACUCCGCUGCUUUUCAUACACAGCGCUCUAAAAAUGAGGUUGGUAUGUAUCAUGACCCUCACGGUGAGGAUGCAGGUUCCUCCAAGGAAAACCGGAUGAUCUUCACUGAGUCCAUGCCUCGGAGAGUCGGCAGCUUCUACAGAGUCCCUUCCCCCAGACCGGAUAACUCCUCUUCUUUCCACGAAGGUGUUGGUCAGGGAAGAGGGCCUGGUGUACCCGUUGUGGCCGGUGAUCCAGGCGGCAUGGCGAACCACUCCAAACGCCAGACGGCUUUUGAUUGGACUGCUGCAGAAGCAAUGGUCAUGAAUCCUCCAGAGCCCACCAAAGAGAAGCAAAAACAAGGCUUCUUCAAAGCCAUUAAAAAGAAAAAGAAGAAGACACAAAUAACGGACAUGGAGGACGGAAGGAAUCCGAGCAUCAAGAAAAGCCUUUUCCCCCUUUUUAGCUCUAAGAAUAGCUUAAAGCACAACUCAGCUGGAAAAAUCCUACCUGUAGUUGCCUCGCCUAUGGUACAGCAUCAGCCUGCGGCACCCUACCCUGCCUCACCAGUUACUGGGAAUGGACAGGAACACCUUUCCCUUCAGAGGAGCUCCAAGUCGUCCUCCCACCACAGCAGCCGACGGAAAAACCGCGAGCGAUCCCGGGACAGAGACCACGACCGGGAACAGAGCAGGGACAGAGAGCGCGAGAGAGAAAACAAGAGGGAGAGAGAGAGGGAGAGGGGGAGGGAAAGAGAGAGAGUCACUGAUUGGCCACCAGAAAAGCCAGUGGACUCCCACUCUCAGAGCCAACCUCUGAAGUCUCUACGUCGACUCCUUCAUCUCUCGCCUUCCCCCUCAAACCAAGGGCAGCCUCCUCCUCCACCUCCUCCGGACCUGCGCUUCCACGCCCCCCUCCCCAACCCGCCUCAGUCCUCCUCCAAAGUCGGCUACCCAGAGGGUCGAGGGCACACGGAGAGCAGGGGCCACUCGGGGAUGAGCAGCUCAGGCCAGGCGAAGAACCGCAAGGCCAGCUACACCUUACCGGGACAGAUCGAAUCCAGCUGGCACGUGUCGGCUUUACAGCGGGUGGAAGGCGCUCAGUUUACUCCAGAACAGCUGGGCAUCAAACCGGGUCAGAACGGACCUACUUUUACCCGAGCAUCCCGCACCAGGAUGCCAAAUCUCAACGAUCUGAAGGAGACAGCCCUGUAACAUCCCCCGACCUCUCUGACCUGUCUCCGUCCUUUGAGUCUGGCCACAUACAUGAUGGUACGCUGGCAAAAGUUCAAAGAAAUAUAGUUAUCUGUUGAUUCUCGUGUCUCUGAAAUCUACAAAGACCAGAUGCAAACAGGCCAGACAUCAGCAAGGUGGGACUUAACUUAAGACAAGGAGGUCGCAGUAUCUUCUCUGGAUGUCGGCACCACAUCAGCUUAUUCUGCUCACAUCAGAGCAAGCAGAUCUUUGCUGUCAAGGAGACGCUGCCUGUGUGGCCUCUCUGCCACCAUCUUCUGCUUACAGAGCGCUGCUGCAACGGUUGAGAAGCCGCUGUCGCAUCGGUGGCCAAUAAACUUAAAGGUUUUUCAAGCACUGAUAUUUGAUAACAAAAAAGAGAGAAAGAUUUAUAUCAAUAUUAUUUAUUAAAUAUUUAUUUGUUUUAAAUUAAAGGAUAUAAGCUAUAAAUGACACAGUAUGUAGGUUAUAUGGGAAUAAUAUAAAAAAAUGUAGAAUUAAAUGUGUAAUUGCAAGAGCUUUAGUUUCGACACAGAGAAAUGAAUAGAUAUUUAUGUGUUUAUAAUAAUGUCAACAGGAGUAUUUAAUAAUGGUGAAUGUCUUUUUAUGUUGAAUAUGAUGAUGUUAACAUAUCUUAUGUUAUCCUAUUUUUAUCCGUUUUUAUUUCAUCAAACUGUAAACAAAAGGAAAAAGAAAAACUACUGAAAGUGAAAAAUCUCUGACAUUAGAUGUAGUACAGAUACGACCAUCACCUUCAUGACAUUAGUUGUGAAGUUGUGUGAUAAUUCGGGACAUUUGUAGACAUUGUAGAUCAACCAGAGGGUGACGGCUCAACGUUGUGCGUUAAGUUCACUGGAAAUAAAAAGAUCAAAAGUGCACACACCCUUGGCAGGAAGAAAAUGCCGCGUUUUUGUGGUAUAAAAAUUGACCAUAAUAAGUUGUUUCAAACUAUUUCCACCUUCAAUUUGAUAUUUCUUACAGUUCAAUCAAAAAGCAAACAAUAAAAACCUGCUUAUGGGAGUGUGUGUUCAGUUGGAUUCAUACUUAGCUAAGGCACCUUUUUUAUUGAGUUUCAGCAUUUCAUCUGGUGUGAGUAUAUAACUACAGCACAUCUUACCAAGGUCAUAUUUGCUAAAUUAAAAUGGCAAGGGCUAUAAAUGUAACUAAUUCCAGGAUUUCCCCCGGAAAACGUGCAAAGCCCAGAGCUCAGGAUGCCAGGGACACUAGGGCCUAUAAAGUCUUUAAACAAAAGGCAUUGAUUAAAAAAACUAAAAUAAAUAAACAAUGCUAAGCCUGGUGGGGGCACAAGUGAAGCCUGGUGGCCCGCCAGGCUUAUAAUGCACUGUGGGAAACCCUGAAUUCAAAAUUUCAGAGUUCUUGUUUUUUUGUAGUUUUUAGCAAACACUUAAACAUUUUAGGUCUGAACUAGCUGGUAUUUGGAACUGGAAGCAAAGCUGGAAAUGAAAUCAUGAGUUAGAGAUUGAAUAAAGUAAGCCCACAGCAUGAUGCUGCCAACAAUAUGCUUCACUGUGGGUGUGGUGUCAUUUUAGUGAUAUGCAGCUGCAUUGUUCUUGUGUUGAACAUGACAAGAGUUUGCUGAGAAAUAGACUAAAGAGAGUAAAGCUGAGAAUGCUGAAACUGAAUAAGAAAGUGGUUCUAAAAAAGUUGAUUUUGCCGAUUAUGACAGAUUUUUCUUUUUCUUUUCUUUUUCUCUCUUUAACUUAUUGAAUUGUAUAUAUCACAUUGAAGGUGGAAUACUAUUUUUUUACGGUUAUUUAUGGUCUGAAUUUUUUUACAUCACCAACUCAUGUCCUACUUCUGGUGACACUGUUUUUUAAAUUUACCCCAAUUUUCUCUCUUUUAUCAAACAACAAACAGCUCUCCAGCUUCAUGCUGCCAUCUUGGGUGUGUCUACAACCUUCCCAUGAGGCAACAGGUGUCUUUGCUCAUUUUAACCUCUGGAACUGAGACAUAUAACAUACAACUCUGAAGAUUGUUUCAAAAAGGCAUACCUCACUUACAGCCGUUAAGAUCUUACAGGAUAAGUCUGGGUGUACUUUUAUACUGUCAUUCUUGAAAGCCCAAACUUUGUAACCCUGGCAUUGUCCAAACACAGGCUUCAAGUUGUUCAGUUUAUAAAUGAAUGUUAGCAGAAAAGAAAUAUAUAUAUAUAUAUAUAUAUAUAUAUAUAUAUAUAUAUAUAUAUUCUGUCAAUUUGUACAAGUUAAUCAAUUUCAAAACUCUUCAUUUUAGUGAUGGGUUAGGUGUCUAAAGUAGUUGCAUCUUCACAGAUGAAGAACUUCAAAAAGAAAGCUUCAAAUAUUUUACUAUAACAAAAAUGUUGAUCUAUUCUAACUUUUUAAAUGCCAAAUGAAGCAAACGAUACAAUCUUUGUAACUUUGCUUAGUUUUAGGACUGGAUUUUACUGUCGAAACUGGCUAUAAAAAAAUGAUCCCAGACUUAUUCUGUAAUCUAUGUUUACAUCUUCUGUGUGCGUUUUAAAGCUUGUGCCAUCAUCUUUUUGUAAAUGCCUCUUUUGUAAACAAUUUUAAACAUCUGAAAUUUUAUUUCCCUGUUUGCAUUACUUUUAACAUCAGCAGUCAUGAUCAGGGAUGAAUUUACUCAAAACUCGAUUAUUUAAAAUAACUUUUAAAACGAUCAGCUUAUCUUGUGACAUGUGGGUGGUUAAAAAAAAAGAUAACACUUUGAGGCCUAUGUGAAGUUAUAAUGCAAUUUCUCCUCUAAUCUCCAACAGUGUUCCUCGUUCCUUCCUCCUUUAAAAAUAUUGGAAUCAUUACACAUUUUAUUCAAAGAUGAACAUAAAGAUCACGUCUACCAGAAUGCAGCUUUAAUUUAAUGGAGAACCAAUUGACAACAUGGGCUGAUUGAAAGCAAUAACAUCCAGAAAUAAUCUCAAAGUAAUAUGGGUUGGUCACAUUUAAAAAUUAAAUUGAAGCAAAGACGACUUCCUGCAGUAUAUUGUGAAGCAGGGAAGUGAAGAUAGUUCCAUCAUUCUGCAAUAUUUUCCCAGUGCUACUGUAUCUCACCCUGAGCUUGGCUCAUAUCAAACACAGUGAAAAUGUCCCAUAAAGCUGUGCAAUUGUGCAAACACUUAGUGCUAAUGAUUGUAAAUGACUGCUGAUGUGGGUUUGUUUAUGUCCUUUGUGGACAGAGGGGUGACAAAGCUUGCCUUGCCAGUGACCCAAAGCCUUACAGUUAGCUCACUGACUCAACAGUUCUUGGUACAAAAGGCUCCAGUCACUCAAACACGGGAAGAUGACGUUCUGUUCCCAAAUAUGAAUGUGUUUCCUAAAACAUCUUCUAUUUUAUUUUCUGUUUUUCCAUUAGCUAUUUUCCACCUCUGACAGGGUGUAAAUACAAAUAGCAGAGUGUAUCUAUGCUGACCAUUCUAAUUAAAAUAUGAUAGGGUCUCAUAAUAAAUACCGACUGUAAAUUU